AUGAAUCAGCUCCAUCACACUCUGACGACCGCUUUGAGCAGGAUAUUCCAGGUUUCCAAGCAGCAUUUUGAACUGUUUCUCCAGCCUACCGCGACUCUGGUCGUAUUCCAUCAAGAACGUGUAAAAAACGCUUCUGGCAGUUUGUCUAAUCUCUGCAGAAGUACUGGUGACCAUGAUCCGCGAAACCGUUUCCAAAACAUCGUAUAUUUCAGGCAGCAUGACAUGUUUGGCUAUCAAUGCCUUGACGAACCCGAAAGCGACUCCCUGUCUCAUUGGUUCGUCCAAAUCAGGCUCGAUCUUUUUCAAAAUGUAGCUGACCGCAGUGUCCUUAAGCAGCAAACCGUCCCUGUUUCUGAUCACAGAGCUGAGGAACUUGAGCGAGUUCUGACACAACUCAUUGUUGGUGCUUGGGAUGUCCUUGAUGAUCUUCAGUGUUGCUCUGGCGCACGCAGUAAACUGGCCAUUAACUGUUUCUGA